AUGUCUACUCGCAUCCCUCCCGGCACGAAACCUUCGACUGCUGAACGCCGCUCCGCCAAUGCGAAUUACACCUCCACUGCGCGACCCCGCGUCGCAUCCGCUGCCACUGGAGACGAGAGCGACCGACGCGCCUCAGCCACAACAUCGCACACACGGAAACAGUCACAUGCCAUGGGAGGGACCGGCGCAUCCUCGGGCGAGCGGCGCAUAGAAAAGAAAGAGGUGCGCGAAAGGGAGACGGAGAUACGGCGGACGAGAACGAGAAGCCCACUGAAACAUUCAAGCGAGAGUCGAGUCAACGCGCGAAGUCGGGGAGAGAAACCACCCAAAGAGACGGAACGGCCGCCCAGGAGCGCGCACUCGGCCAAGUCGUCCCCAGAAGAGGCUCAGACGCCAUGGGAGCCCAAAGCCUCGCUGGUUCCGCAUACGACCGCUCCGCUCGCGACGCGCAUCUCGAUUCCUCCAUUGGCCUCGACUGCGCCUAUUGCGCUGCAGCCAACGCCUCUUGCGCAGCUGUCGCUUGAUGCACAGGAGAAGGCUAUCAUCGAAGACCUGCUGUUCGUCUUCAUGGGCUUUGAGGGACAGUACAUACGCUUCAGCGAGACGUACAAUCCACACGAAGAGAAGGAGCGACUGGUUGGGCCACAGUUCCGGAUCCUACCCGGUCUCGACCCAAGCUUGCGGGACCUCACCAAAUCCAUGCUGAAGACUGCGACGCAUUACAUUGCAGUAGAAACAUGUAUAGAAGUGCUCAGCAGGGAAGAGUACGGCGCCGUCAACCAUGCUCUGUGUGCGGCAAUUCGGCGGCUUAUGAAGGACUACCUCACACUAAUUGCGCAAUUAGAGCAUCAGCUGCUUACCAACGACUCUUUCACGCUCCACGUUCUCAACCUCCACACGAAACAAACGAGCCACAUGCUUUUCCAGCUCUACACCACAGGAAUCGAGCUACUCAAGGCCAACGACAUCCUAGAAGACGACAAGGACGAAGACUCUGCCGACGACGAUAGCAACGACUUUGAGAACAUCUUGGAGUCGCUGCGCGAAGGUGGCAAUGCGACGAAGAAAUUAUGCAAGGGCGGCAGUGUGUUGGGUCUGAUCACAAAGCGAUUGUCGUCCAUGUCCGGAGAUCCUGCGGCAAGAACGCUGCUCACAACACUGUUGCGCGAGGCCAGUAGACCAUAUAUGGCUAUGCUGAACGAAUGGCUACACCAUGGAGGCAUCAAGGACCCACAUUCCGAGUUCCUAAUCAAGGAGCAAAGAAGCAUCAAGCGAGAACGGUUAGAUCAAGACUAUACUGACGAGUACUGGGAGAAGAGAUACACGAUGCGCGACGCACUUGUGCCACCACAACUCGAGGCAGUCAAAGACAAGGUACUACUCGCUGGAAAGUACCUGAACGUUGUUCGCGAAUGCGGAGGUGUCGACGUCAGCAAGAUCGUGCAGGACGCUCCCACAAGCUUCGACGACCCGCGGUUCCUAGACAAUGUCAGCUCGUCCUACGCAUACGCAAACUCGUCUCUUCUGAAUCUCCUGCUAACCACACACCAAUUGCCCGCACGGCUGCGAUCUCUCAAGCAUUACUUCUUCCUCGAUCGGUCCGACUUCUUUACCUACUUCCUCGAGAUGGGCGAGCUAGAGCUCAAGAAGCCAGCAAAGGCUGUCAAUGUCGGCAAACUGCAGUCAUUACUUGAUCUUGCAACGCGACAUGCUGGUUCCGUGGCCGUUGAAGAUCCAUACAAGGAGGACAUCAAAGUGCAUAUGAACGAUACAGGUCUGACAAACUGGUUGAUGAAGAUCGUCAAUGUGCAAGGUCUGGACCAGGACGCCGCUGCUGCCUCGAUAUCGAACUACACCCCAGCCAAUACCGCACCAAUCACUGAUGACUCCAAUAUCACAGGAUUCCAGGCUCUACAAUUCGACUACGCAAUGCCCUUCCCUCUGUCACUCGUUGUUAGCCGAGUGACGCUCACACGAUAUCAACUGCUCUUUCGCUAUUUGCUUAGCUUGAAGCAUCUCGAAACAGAUCUCGCCAAGUGCUGGGGAGAGCAAGGCAAGAACGCAGCCUGGAAGCAUCGGUCGCGAAACCCUCGCAUCGAGCUUUGGAAGCGGAAAGCAUGGACACUACGUGCACGCAUGCUGGUCUUCGUGCAGCAACUUACUUACUACUGUACCGCAGAAGUCAUUGAACCAAACUGGACAUCACUGAUGUCGCGCCUGAACGAAGAGAAAAAGGGCGAUGCCAAGGGCAAGAGCAAGCAGGCUGACGAUGAUAGCGGAGGGCCGCAAGUGAAGCGAACAGUUGAUGAGCUGAUGCAAGACCACGUUGACUUCCUUGCAACUUGUUUGAAAGAGUGCAUGCUUACUAACACUAACACCAAGCAGAUCAACAACAAAAUCAUGUCAACAUGCAGCAUGUUCGCCUCCUUCACCUACUCGCUCUCCCGCUACCUCAUCACCGGCGACCCCGACCUCGUCACCCAAGUCAACGCCGCCCUCAACCCAGCUUCCAAUCCUCGCCCCAACGCCGCCCGCUCCACCGCUAAUACCCAGUUCGUCUACGACCCCCAGCGCGUCGAGAAAAUGUUCGACAUGCUCGCCAAGUACGAGGAGAACUUCACCCGGCAUCUUAAGAUUUUGCUGGAUACAUUAAACUACCUCGCUGCGACAGAGACGGUGGUGUUCUUGAGUCUAUGUGCGAGACUGACUAGUGCAGGAGAAGGAUUGAGUGGGUUCCAGGCCCCGAUGGGUAUGGAGGGGAUUGUAUAG